CAAAUCAAAUUGCCGUUAUCACCUUUCAAAUCUCGAUCCAAAUAAAUUUAUAUCACCGCAAUUUAGCGAUACACGUCAGGUAUACAUAUCUAUAAAACAAUUGUUUGGAGCGUUUCUCACGUUUUAAUCUUUUUUUUUGAACGAUUUCGUUUGUCAGCGAAGUGAAACAAAUUUUUUACGUUAUGUUCUGAUGGUUGCCGGCCGCUUUCGCGUAUUUCAGUGAUCCUGUGACCGUAAAACAUUUCCUUUAUUAAGUACGAAAAUGGGCAGGAACAUAUUCAAAGUCCUUACGAGACGAAAAACCGAUUCAGAUGAAUCUACCAGCGAGAUGGCGCGAUGUUUAAAUCUCGUAGAUCUCGUCGGUCUGGGUGUGGGUUCUACUUUGGGAUUAGGAGUGUACGUUUUGGCUGGAUCGGUGGCGAAGACGGUCGCAGGCCCCGCAGUGUGCUUGUCGUUCUUGGUUGCGGCUGUCGCCUCAGCAGUUGCAGGAUUAUGUUACGCAGAAUUUGCAUCCAGAGUUCCGAAAGCAGGAUCGGCUUAUGUUUAUAGUUACGUAACUGUAGGAGAAUUCGCUGCUUUUGUCAUAGGAUGGAACCUUAUCUUGGAAUACGUGAUAGGUACCGCCAGCGUUGCCAGAGGAUUAAGUAAUUACAUCGAUGCCCUGGCCGGUAACCAUAUUAGACUAGGGUUGCGCGAUUUUGCACCGAUGGACAUAAAUUUCUUGUCUCAAUAUCCAGACUUUUUAGCCUUUGCAUUUGUGAUAUUAAUUACCGCUUUACUGUCAUUUGGCGUAAAGGAGUCGUCACUAUUGAACAAUAUAUUUACUGUGCUUAACUUGUUGACCGUCUGCAUAGUACUGGUAUCAGGAUCGAUUAAAGCUACUACCAAAUAUUGGAACAUACCGUCAAGUAAGGUUCCAAUAGGAUACGGAACAGGCGGCUUCUUCCCUUAUGGCAUAAGCGGUGUGAUGGCGGGGGCAGCGAAAUGCUUUUACGGUUUUGUCGGCUUCGACGCGGUCGCUACGACCGGUGAAGAGGCGAAGAACCCGCAAAGAAACAUACCGCUAGCGAUUAUGAUCUCGUUAUUGAUCAUUUUCGCCGCAUAUUUCGGCGUUUCGACGGUUUUGACCAUGAUGUCGCCGUAUUUCGAUCAGGACUCAGAUGCACCCUUUCCCUAUGUAUUCGACAAGGUAGGAUGGCCAAUAAUCAAGUGGAUAGUAACCAGCGGCGCCGUAUUCGCACUUUGUACGAGUAUGCUGGGCGCCAUGUUUCCGUUGCCACGAGUCAUUUACGCCAUGGCCCAGGAUGGGAUCAUUUUCAAACCUUUGGCUAAAGUUAACGCGGGCACCAAAACCCCCAUAAUCGCCACCACAUUAUCCGGACUUCUUUCAGGAUUUAUGGCACUGAUUUUUGAUUUGGACCAAUUAAUCGACAUGAUGUCAAUCGGCACCCUCAUGGCUUAUACCAUUGUAGCGAUAAGCGUUAUAAUAUUAAGAUACCAAGUGGACGAAGAUAAGCCCCAUUUACAGCAACACGAAUCCUCCAAACAUUCCAACGUCUACAAUGGCUUCAUAGAGAUAUUCAAUCUGAACAACAACAAAGAAGCUAGUACGAGGACAUCAAGAAUAACAAAUUGGAGUAUAAUUAUCUACAGUAUUUUCACGGCGUUAUUGGCCGCUAUCAUCAUAAAUGCGACCGAACCAAUUUUUACGGAACCGUUCUAUUUCGUGGGAUUCGUUGUCAGUUUAGGUGCUUUGUUCAUACUAUUAGCCGUUAUUGCGAGACAACCUGCAGUCGACCCCCAGCUAUCAUUUAAGGUUCCCCUGGUUCCACUCAUUCCCUGUUUAAGUGUGUUUUUCAAUUUAUAUCUCAUGUUAGAAUUGGACUUGCAUACCUGGAUAAGGUUCAUCGCGUGGCUAGUGAUAGGACUGCUCAUCUAUUUCUUCUAUGGAAUACAAAAUAGCGAAGAAGGAAAAAAACUUCGUCAACCGAACAAAUUGCAGAGCUUGGACCCGGAAAAAGCUGCAAUGCGAAAGGAAGACACUAAACUCUAAAAAACGUAUACAUAAUCCUAUGCAUAUAUUUUUUUUUACUACCUAAAUAUCGAUUUCUAUAGUUUCAUUUCACCAAUUUUUUUAUUGCAACCAUAUGCCUCUAGUUUAUUCGAUUAUUGAAAAUAUUGUUUUAAUCUCGCUUUUACUAACCUUACGAUAUUGUCCACUCUUAAGCGUCGCCCUGGUGAUGGAUGUUUUGCCUGUUCACAUCGCCACUCUUUGGUACCUCGUAAUUAUCGUUUUAUCUGAAAAUUUUUGUAUUUAACAAAUUGAACUCCAAACAAUACAACGUCAGUAAUUGCGAUUAUUGUGAAAUAAUAAUUUAACACACUUUUCAAAACAAGAAUUAGGAAAGGAUCGCGGCCGCCAGACUCUCGCUCGCGAGGUAGAUCUCUGUGGAUUUCACAUACCUGGUGUCCCAGUAAGAACGACUAGAUACGGUAUUAUAGGGCUAUACACAUGCAGGCAAGUCCGUGCGCAAGUGCGAAACCAAUUGCGGCCACACACUAUUCAGGUAAACCUCGAGGUUCACCAGUUGGUGGGGCCUGCUGCUGUGCGAAAAAUGAAGUUGGCCUUCGCAGUUGCUCUAAAAAUUAGACACAAUCUGAUUCGCUUCGAGCCGCGCUUGGAACUGAACGCGCCGUGAAUUUUGACACAUACACAUUCGCACUUACUCGCGUGUCUCGACCUGUACAGGCAAGUCUUAACACUUGCCUGCAUGUGUAUAGGCCGCUUUAGGGAAACGGAAGAUCCUAAAAGUUUGGACAACAAAAUAAUAUUUACAAAUGUACUGGAUUCAUUCUACGUCGGUUGUUCAUAAACUGAACUCGCUUUGCAUUCUACUGUAUACCUGCUUAUGUAUAUGUUACGGCUAAUACGAGAAAUUAGUACCAAUGCAGCUGGUUCGUAACUUAUCCCGUUAGAACGCGAAUUAUACAAUUUGGUUAGUUUUCGUUAGUUAGUUUCAUUUGCAUUUUUCGCGAUUUAGCUGGAUAAUUUACGAGUAUAUUAAGCAAGCAAUUUCACAUUCAUCAUAGUCGUGCAUACUCAUAAUAUACAAAAAUUUAAAACCACCAAAUAAUACUCAAACAUUUAUGUACAAACAGCCUAUGUACCAACAAAUUCCAUUUUUUGUAAACAAAAUAACAAAACUGCAAAUAACGUAAAACUGAGGCAAUUUGAAAUCCAAAGAACUUAAUAAAAAAUGUGAAAUAUCACUAACUAGGUAUACUUCCUAAUUAAUGAAUGAAAACAUGCAGAACACAAAUUAUUAUUAGGCUGGAAAGGCACUUAGAAUUACAUAAUAGAUCUUUGCCUUUUUUUUGUUUGACGUUUGACAUUUUUUUGUAAAAAAUUGAGUUUUGCAAUUAGGUUUUUGAUAUCUCUGUUCCCCCCAAACUGACUGCUUUUUGGCAAUUUCUCUUAAUGAUUUUUUUUCACACGUAUUUUUUACCAAUAGUGCCGUUUUCAUUACCUAAGUCAUAAUAUCCAUUGUCAUUAUCAGCGUGUACAACCGUCAUUAAUGCAUUAUUAAAGUCACACGGACCUCUAUCUAAAUCUGGAAUAGACACUCUGACAGGAUCAUUUACGUAGCGAGAUGGGAAUUUUUCAUUUGAUAUAUGCUUGAUCUUUUCUGAUUGUUUUUCAAAACAUUUUUUAGCUACUUGUUUAUUUUCCAAAAUACUGAACUGCUUUAUACAAAUAUCACAAUUCUUACUAUCUAAAGUCUGAUGAAGGCACACACGAUGUCAAAAAACUCGCUUGUAGCAUUUCCAUCUUCCCUUACUUCAACGUUUUCUUCAGCAGUACCAGUAUUAUUCUGCACGUUCUUUCCUUCGUGAACUUCAAUUACUUGUAUAUUUUUAUUUGUCUGGAUCGUUUCGCUAAUAUCUUAAGAGUUUUCCUUCAGUAUAAUUUCAACUUUAUUCUUCUCAUCAAUGUCCAUUUCUUCAACAUGAGCUGUUAUAUUUUUAUUUAGUUCAAUGUUAUUUCAAUGCAAGGUAUUUUGUUUGCUAGUGUCUUUUACUAUAUCCAACAGCUCUUCUUCGGUAAUAAUUCCUUCAAUAGGCUCUUUAGGCAGUUUGGAAUCUUUAAAUCUACACCAAACAUUGCUUUAUAUGGUCAACGCUUUAUCCCGUCAUGAUACGCACGAUUUUUCAUCACCUGAACAAAUUUUAGACCAUUUGACCAGUUAUUUGUAUUAUUAUCUUGCAACCAUGUCCCAAGAUUUUUUUCCAUAUCUUGGUUGCACCUUUCUACGCUUCCCUGUGACUGAUGACUGUGACGCGAUUACAAAACUCACGUCCAUUGGCAGAAUGAAGGAUCAUCAUUGCUGCGUCUACUUCAUCGGCUGUUUUUCCCCUUUACCAUAGAUUCUUGUUUCAUAAGGCAUGACGUGAAUAAACUAGGAUAAAUUGACACAGUUUUUUGGGUAAUAUUUUUGUACGUUUUUUUUUAAGUUCCUGAAUCACUCUAUUACAAACAGCAUGUCCAAUAGCUAAGUGAGUUUCAUGAAUAAUAUUAAAAAAAAAAUCUUCAUUUGCCACAAAAUAUUUAAAGUCUUGUUCGUUUGGUUUUUAUUGGGGUAAUUAAUUUAUCAAUAUGCAGUAUUAGCACUUUUUGUAACUGCAAUUUAAAAAAAAUGAUUAAAACGCGUUGUAAAGUUGUUUACUCUAUCAGUAUUAACAGUCAUGUUGACAGAGGAUGCAGUGCUAAAACAAUAAACAUUCUAUAUGGUCGCUAUUGGAUAAUUCGCGUGUUAUCGCUGGAUAAUACGCGAAAUCAAGCCAGAAUCGGGCUUUAACGUUGGCAUCUGACAAAUGCGCGUUUUAGUCAGAUAAUUCGCGAAUUCACUGCUUUCUCGUAUUAGCCGUAACAUAUAUACUGUUUGAGGAGGCAAAGUUAAAGGAGGUACUUGAACAAUGUCUCUGAAGACUGAUUCCCAUACUGGCGAAAGAUAAAGACCUGAGUCGCGGUUAAGAUUGGUUAUUUAAUGGUUGCUAUAGAUUCUGGGAUUUUUCUUUGGUAGAAGAAUUCAAGAAAGAUUAAUUUUUUAACUGUUCUGGGUAGGUUUUUUACGUAGCAUUCAGCGAAGUAGUCAGUUUUGUUCUGAAAAUUGCAAAUUUUGACAUUUAAACUAAAAUUGCGUUUUUAUAAUGGAACACCCUGUAUACCAUUUAAUAAUUUUAUUAGGCUUAUUAUUAACUUCUCAAAAAUUUGAAAUUUAAUUUCAAUUCUCCAGCAUAUAUUUUUAAAUUGAUCUUCUCUUAUGAAUAGGCCAUGAAAAAUACAGAUAUUCUUUAAAUAUAUUACAUUUACAUUUAUUACAAAAAGUCUUACAAAACAAACUUUCAAACUAGUGUCUGUAGAUAAUAAGUCCUUGCUAUAUCAAAUCCCUUAUAAUUGUCACAUUUUGGGUUAAUAUAAGCUAUAUGGCAGGAGCGAAAGAUGACAGAAAUUAAAAUAAUAAAUAGGAAAUUAUAUUAGGAACACAGACACCGUCCUUUUCAUGACCUACUCAUAAAAUGGCCUAAGAAAAUCAUUAAAAACAUACGUGUUUCGUUUAAAAAAACAAAAGUUUAGUUUAUAUAUCAAAAUUCGGGAGUUUAAGAAGAAAACUGACUACGCCACUGGAUCAUAGGUAAAACAAUCCUAUUCAGACCAGUUUCCACCUUUUCAAUAAGUUAACGCAUAACCGAACGACAAAUGGUGUCUAAAAAUCACCCUGUAUCAGUUCAUUCAUUAUUUAUUGAUAAAGGAAAUACGCCGUAAUGCUAAAUGUGACAUACUGUACAAAGGAAUACAUCAGAGCAUUCAUAAGAUAAUGAUAACAUUUAACAAAAACUAAUACCCUAAAACCGUUUAAAAAAUAAGAAAUAAAAAGGAUAAUUUGUAUUUCCGGCAACUAAUUAUUUAUUCGUAAUAGUUACUAAUUCAUUGGGUUAUGGAAAGCGAGUUGCAAAAUUACUGCUUGUAUUUAGAACGUUCGUGAAUCCAGUGUUGUAAUUUGUAAAAAAAAUUAACAAACUUUUUCUUUUUUUUUUGAAGAAGUAAAUACCUAAAUAAAAAAUGUUUGAUGGUUCAGUUUCUCAAGAAGAGAAGGUUAAACACAAUAUAUGAGAUCUAUUCCGCGAAAGUGAUUAUUCGGUCACCGUAUGGCAUUUACUAAUAAUAUGGUACUUGAAAAUUCUUUUCCUAGUUUUAUUGAAACUGGUAAUCUGUGAUAAUAUGUGUUAAAUAAAAUAUUUUUAUACAA